UCCUGUUUCCUGUACCUUGCUGCUGUAUCUCCAUCCCACGAUAUUCCUGUCUCAGUUUCUCCAGUGAACCCCUGUGAGCACCCCCUCUUCCCAGUGCCCCCCGAGAGCAGUGCUGCGCGCGCAGCUCCCGUCCAGCCUCACAGAGGGGACGAGUCCCAAGUAUUCCUGGACCAUGGAGACAUCCUCGCCGAGGGCGGCAGUCUGCGCUUCUGGCCGCCGAUACCUCCACCUCCCUUCCAUCCUGGACAAGAUGCCUGCGCCCGGCGCCCUCAUCCUCCUGGCGGCUGUCUCCGCCUCCGGCUGCCUGGCGUCCCCAGCGCACCCGGAUGGAUUCGCUCUGAGCCGAGCCCCUUUGGCUCCGCCCUACGCUGUAGUUCUCAUUUCCUGCUCCGGUCUGCUGGCCUUCAUCUUCCUUCUUCUUACUUGUCUGUGUUGCAAACGGGGUGAUGUUCGUUUCAAGGAGUUUGAGAAUCCGGAAGGGGAGGACUGCUCUGGGGAGUACACACCCCCUGCGGAGGAGACCUCCUCCUCACAGUCGCUGCCUGAUGUCUAUAUUCUGCCGCUGGCAGAGGUCUCACUACCAAUGCCUGCCCCGCAACCUGCACACUCAGACAUCAGCACUCCCCUGGGCCUGAGCCGCCAGCAUCUCAGCUACCUGCAGGAGAUUGGCAGCGGCUGGUUUGGGAAGGUGAUCCUGGGGGAGGUUUUCUCAGACUACACGCCAGCUCAAGUGGUGGUGAAGGAGCUCCGGGCUAGCGCAGGGCCCUUGGAGCAGCGCAAGUUCAUCUCAGAAGCUCAGCCCUAUAGGAGCCUGCAGCACCCCAAUGUCCUCCAGUGUCUGGGCGUCUGUGUGGAGACCUUGCCUUUCCUGUUGAUCAUGGAGUUCUGCCAGCUGGGGGACCUGAAGCGAUACCUCCGGGCCCAGCGGCCACCUGAGGGCGUGUCCCCUGAACUGCCCCCUCGUGACCUUCGGACACUGCAGAGGAUGGGCCUAGAGAUUGCCCGGGGUCUGGCUCACCUGCAUUCCCACAACUACGUGCACAGCGAUCUGGCGCUGCGCAACUGUCUGCUAACUUCAGACCUCACUGUGCGCAUUGGAGACUACGGGCUAGCGCAUAGCAACUACAAGGAAGACUACUACCUGACACCCGAGCGCCUCUGGGUACCUCUGCGCUGGGCAGCACCGGAGCUGCUGGGGGAACUGCACGGCAGUUUCGUGCUGGUGGAUCAGAGCCGUGAGAGCAACGUCUGGUCACUAGGGGUGACACUUUGGGAGCUAUUUGAGUUCGGGGCGCAGCCCUACCGACACCUAUCCGACGAGGAGGUCCUGGCCUUCGUUGUCCGCCAGCAGCACGUUAAGCUGGCCCGGCCCAGACUCAAACUGCCCUACGCUGACUAUUGGUAUGAUAUCCUGCAGUCUUGCUGGCGGCCGCCAGCCCAGCGCCCCUCAGCCUCUGAUCUCCAGCUGCAGCUCACUUACCUGCUGUCUGAGCGGCCCCCCAGACCCCCUCCGCCGCCACCCCCUCCCCGAGAUGGGCCCUUCCCCUGGCCCUGGCCCCCAUCUCAUAGUGCACCGCGCCCGGGGACCCUGUCUUCUCAGUUCCCACUUCUGGAUGGCUUCCCUGGGGCUGAUCCAGAUGACGUACUCACGGUCACUGAGAGCAGCCGAGGCCUCAACCUUGAGUGCCUGUGGGAGAAGGCCCGGCGUGGGGCAGGCCGGGGUGGGGGUGCACCUCCCUGGCAGCCUGCCUCUGCUCCUCCUGCGCCCCACACCAACCCAUCCAACCCCUUCUAUGAGGCGCUGUCCACGCCAAGCGUGCUGCCGGUCAUCAGCGCACGCAGCCCCUCAGUAAGCAGCGAGUACUACAUCCGCCUGGAGGAGCAUGGUUCUCCCCCAGAGCCCCUCUUCCCCAACGACUGGGACCCGCUGGACCCAGGCGUGCCCGGUCCCCAGGCCCCCCAGGCUCCCUCCGAGGUCCCCCAGCUGGUAUCCGAGACCUGGGCUUCCCCCCUCUUCCCUGCGCCCCGACCCUUUCAGACCCAGUCCUCUGGAUCAGGUGGCUUCCUACUGAGCGGCUGGGACCCCGAGGGCCGGGGCGCUGGAGAGACCUUGGCAGGAGAUCCUGCCGAGGUGCUUGGGGAGCAGGGUACCGCACCCUGGGCCGAGGAAGAAGAAGAAGAGAGUUCCCCAGGCGAGGACAGCAGCAGUCUUGGUGGGGGACCCAGUCGCCGGGGACCCCUCCCUUGUCCCCUGUGCAGUCGCGAGGGUCCCUGCUCCUGCCUGCCAUUGGAGAGGGGGGAUGCCGUGGCUGGCUGGGGGGGGCACCCUGCCCUUGGUUGUCCCCACCCCCCAGAGGACGACUCUUCCCUGCGUGCAGAGCGGGGCUCUUUGGCCGACUUGCCUCUGGUCCCCCCUACCUCAGCCCCUCCCGAGUUUCUGGACCCCCUUAUGGGGGCCGCAGCGCCCCAGUACCCCGGGCGGGGGCCGCCUCCCGCUCCCGGGGCGCCGGGGCCAGCGGAGGAGGACGGGGAGGACGAGGACGAGGACGAGGAGGACGAGGAGGCAGCGGGCUCUCGGGGCCCCGGGAGGACGCGGGAAGCCCCAGUGCCCGUCGUGGUGAGCAGCGCCGACGCGGACACGGCCCGCCCGCUGCGGGGGCUGCUCAAGUCUCCACGCGCGGCCGACGAACCCGAGGACAGCGAACUGGAGAGGAAGCGCAAGAUGGUCUCCUUCCACGGGGACGUGACCGUCUACCUCUUCGACCAGGAGACUCCAACCAACGAGUUGAGCGUCCAGGGCACCCCCGAGGGGGACACGGAUCCAUCAACGCCCCCAGCGCCCCCGACGCCUCCCCACCCCGCCACCCCAGGAGAUGGGUUUCCCAACAACGACAGCGGCUUUGGCGGCAGUUUCGAGUGGGCGGAGGAUUUCCCCCUCCUCCCCCCGCCCGGGCCCCCCCUGUGCUUCUCCCGCUUCUCCGUCUCACCUGCGCUGGAGACCCCGGGACCGCCCGCCCGGGCUCCAGACGCCCGGCCCGCAGGCCCUGUGGAGAACUGACUCCCCAAAGACCCAGCCCCUUUGUGCCCCAAGAAGAGGGUUUGCGAGCAGAAUCUUGUGUGGACGAUGCAGCCAUUGCCCCUGACACUGACACAGCCUCUGGGGAGGCACCUGAGGCUGGGCCCUCCUCCUCCUCCUCCACCAUGUGCCAAACAGGAGGCCCAGGCCCUCCACCCAGUCCCCCAGAUGGGUCCCCUGAUCCCCCCGAUCCCCUUGGAGCCACAUGAGGCAGGAAGCCCCAUCGCUGGAUAGCCACACUUCUUGGAACUGAACUGAACUCUUUUGGGCCUGGAGCCCCUGGCACAGCAGAGGUCCCUCCUGACCCACUCCUGGCCUCAUGAAGGUCACUGGCUUCAGGAACCUGGACCCCAUCUUGCGUCUCCCUUCACCCCCAGUCUGGCCCCUGGAGGGGCCUCUGGUUCAAACCUUCGCGUGACAUUUUCACAUUAUUUAAAAAAGACAAAAACCAACUUUUUGGAGGAAA